GCCGCGCCGAGUCGCCGGGGAUCUCGGUGAACCAUGUUGAGCCCUGCCAACGGGGAGCAGAUCCACCUGGUGAACUAUGUGGAGGACUACCUGGACUCCAUCGAGUCUCUGCCUUUCGACCUGCAGAGAAACGUAUCGCUGAUGCGGGAGAUCGACGCGAAAUACCAAGAAAUCCUGAAGGAGCUAGAUGAGUAUUACGAGAAGUUUAAGCGGGAGACGGACAGCAACCAGAAGAGGAGAGCGUUGCACUGCAUUCAGAGAGCCCUGAUCCGCAGCCAGGAGCUGGGCGACGAGAAGAUCCAGAUUGUGAGUCAGAUGGUGGAGCUGGUGGAGAACAGCACCAGGCAGGUGGACAGUCACGUGGGACUCCUUGAGGCACACCUAGAGGUCAACGACACCACUGGCCACAGUGGCAACGCCGGCCAGGACAAGUCCAAGAACGAGACAAUCACACAGGCAGAAAAGCCCAACAACAAGAGGUCUCGGAGACAGCGCAACAAUGAAAAUCGGGAGAAUGCAGCCAAUAAUCACGACCAUGAUGACAUCACCUCAGGAACGCCUAAGGAGAAGAAAGCAAAGGCCUCCAAGAAGAAGAAACGCUCCAAGGCCAAAGCAGAGAGGGAAGCAUCCCCUGCAGACCUUCCCAUCGACCCGAACGAGCCCACGUACUGUCUGUGCAAUCAGGUCUCCUAUGGAGAAAUGAUCGGCUGUGACAAUGACGAGUGCCCCAUCGAGUGGUUCCACUUCUCCUGUGUAGGACUGAAUCAUAAACCAAAGGGCAAGUGGUACUGUCCCAAGUGUCGAGGGGAGAACGAGAAAACAAUGGACAAAGCCCUGGAGAAAUCCAAAAAGGAGAGGGCUUAUAACAGGUAGUUGGUGGACCUUGCUGAGCAGGGAGGAGAACUAAGCCAGUGUAUUUAUUACAUUGCCACCUUUGGUGAGGCGCAAAGACUGUACAAUGUAUAUUUUUAAAGAAUGUUAGAAAAGGAGCCAUUCCUUUUGUAGGGAUGGCAGUGAUUCUCUGCCUUUUGUUUUCGUUGGUACACGUGUAACGAAAGUGGUCUGUGGAUCAACAUUUUAGAAACUUAAAAAUAUAGGUUUGAAUUAAACACUCAAGUGAGUCUCA